GUUCCAUUCUGGGCGUCCGGUGAUUGGUGCGAGCCGCUGUCAGUCUGGGUAGUUGUCCCGCCGCUGUUAUAAGUGACGUUCUCUCAGAGUUUCUGGACAUUAGGACGUAAGGUAACGGGAGAAGAAUGACAGCGGAACGGACGUGCGUUGUGGAGAAAGGGCCCAAUGGCUACGGCUUCCACCUGCACAGUGAGAAGAGUCGGACAGGGCAGUUUGUAAGACUUGUGGAGCCUGGCUCGGCCGCGGAGAAGUCAGGACUCCGGGCAGGAGAUAGACUAAUUCGGGUGUGUGGGGAGGACGUGAGAGAACUCACUCACCAGCAGGUGGUCAGCAAAAUCCGGGCGGCCACUGAAAAGCUCGUCCUAGAGGUAGAAGGAUCCGAGGAGAUGAGUCAGGAGAAGCCUCAGGUAGUGGAAGAGCCAACAGAAUCUGUUGCUGAAAGGAGUGAAAGACGUCCCAGGCUUUGUACAAUGAAGAAGAGCUCUGGUGGGUAUGGAUUCAAUCUGCACAGUGACAAGAAUCAUCCAGGCCAGUAUGUCCGGGCAGUCGAUCCUGACUCUCCUGCUGAACGGUCUGGACUCCUUCCAAAAGAUCGAAUAUUGGAGGUAAAUGGGGAAAGCAUGUUGGGAAAACAGCAUGCUGAUGUGGUCAGUGCCAUCAAAACAGGGGGUGAUGAAACAACUCUGCUUGUGGUGGAUCCAGAAACUGAUAAAUACUUCCAGGAAUGUCAUGUGACACCUGGACGGGAACAUUUGACAGGUCCUUUACCAGAAAAAGUUGCCAAUGGAAGCAUUGAAAAGGAGGAAAUAUCGGAUGCACCUCUGGAGACUGAUGCUCCUAGUGACUCCCCUGUGUCUUCUCCUGAACUUCUGCCAAUAGAUAUGUCACCACAGGAGAGUCAAAAGGACAUUUCAGACUCUGGCCCAGUACCAAACACUGACCCCGUGCCUGAUGCUGCAACCCUGGAUCUUAACAUGUCACUGGCUGUAGCUAAAGAGCGAGCCCAUCAAAAACGCUCCCAAAAAAAGGCACCAACUAUGGACUGGAGUAAAAGAAAAGAAGUUUUCAGUAGUCUGUAAGACGAAGAUACCCCAAUUGCCCUUGUCUGCACCAGCACUAUUCCUGUGAUAUGAAUCAGCAGUUAUCCCAGCCGCUCUCUACAUCAUGUUCCUGUUUUCUGCAGAGAUUGGUUAUUACCCCUGUUCUGUGGGGUUGGUCAGUGAUGGAAAAUGCUUGUUAACAUGUGAAUCCGUCCACAUUUUCUGGAAUUGAAAUGUAAAUGGAACCAUGCAGCAGUAACCCAUGUUGCUGACACAGGCAACUGCUAAGUUUUAUAUUUUUAUUGCCACCACACUUAACAGGUUGAUGUGGGGGCUUUGAUGGGCCAUGGUAACAUUUCAUUGAUUGCAUUCCUCUUCUGUUUGUACGAUCUUUGGUCCCUAACUGCAGAAGCAAAACAAGUCCCCCCGCCCAAUAGUCGCAUCACUGAAAGUUUGACCAGAAGUUCUGCUUUGGUGUCUUAGUAGGCAUCAGGUUGCUCAUUGGAACAAGCCUUUCAUUUUAUGGAGAAAAUUUGCAUUAAGCAGCCUAAAAGCUGAUUCUUUCUGUUAAGUUAAACUUUAGAGACUCUUAAGGUCCUGCUGAAUUUCCAGUUUUACACUGAUUUUGUCUGUUAAAAUUUUUCAAAUGGUUUGUUUAACUUUGUAACCAGAUAUUUUGCUAUGUAGCUCAAUACAUAUAUCUUUUAAGUUCUGCUGCAUUAUGGAGUUAUCUUUCUGUUUGGAAAUAUAUAUUAAAGGGGAAAUCCACAUUUACAUUA